CCUCACGCACUGCCCCCAAGAAAGGUACCACACGCACGCACACACACGCACACACACAGCCCCUCCUCACGCACUGCCCCCAAGAAAGGUACCACACGCACACACACACACACACACAGCCCCUCCUCACGCACUGCCCCCAAGAAAGGUACCACACACACACACACACACACACACAGCCCCUCCUCACGCACUGCCCCCAAGAAAGGUACCACACGCACACACACACACGCACGCACACACACAGCCCCUCCUCACGCACUGUCCCCAAGAAAGGUGCCACACGCACACACACACAUGCACGCACACACACAGCCCCUCCUCACGCACUGCCCCCAAGAAAGGUACCACACGCACACACACACACACACACACACACGCACACACACACAGCCCCUCCUCACGCAUUGCCCCCAAGAAAGGUACCACACGCACACACACACAGCCCCUCCUCACGCACUGCCCCCAAGAAAGGUACCACACGUGCACACACACACACACACACACACACGCACACACACAGCCCCUCCUCACGCACUGCCCCCAAGAAAGGUACCACACACACACACACAGCCCCUCCUCACGCACUGCCCCCAAGAAAGGUACCACACGCACACACACGCACACACACACACAGCCCCUCCUCACGCACUGCCCCCAAGAAAGGUACCACACGCACACACACGCACACACACACAGCCCCUCCUCACGUACUGCCCCCAAGAAAGGUACCACACGCACACGCACACACACACACACGCACACACACACACAGCCCCUCCUCACGCACUGCACCCAAGAAAGGUACCACGCACACACACACAGCCCCUCCUCACGCACUGCACCCAAGAAAGGUACCACACGCACACACACACACACAGCCCCUCCUCACGCACUGUACCCAAGAAAGGUACCACAUACACACACACGCACGCACACACAGCCCCUCCUCACGCACUGCACCCAAGAAAGGUACCACACACACAAGCACACACACACACACACACACACAGCCCCUCCUCACGCACUGCACCCAAGAAAGGUACCACACGCACACACACACACACAGCCCCUCCUCACGCACUGUACCCAAGAAAGGUACCACAUACACACACACGCACGCACACACAGCCCCUCCUCACGCACUGCACCCAAGAAAGGUACCACACACACAAGCACACACACACACACACACACACAGCCCCUCCUCACGCACUGCACCCAAGAAAGGUACCACACACACACACACACACACACCCCUUUCUCCUCUGUCGCCUCUUUUGUAAAUGGCUCUCCCACAGAAUGAGCACAAGUUGUGGCUCUCAGUUUUGUGCGAGAUAAGAGCAGUAUCAUGUUCGGAAAAAAAGUACUUACUUACACUUAUAGGCAAAACCCCCUGGCCUCCUACCUAAAUGACUGCUACAGAGAGGGAGUGAAUGAGGUGUGUGUGUGUGUGUGUGUGUGUGUGUGUGUGUGUGUGUGUGUUUGUGUGUGUGUAUGUUUGUGUUAGGGAUGAGUGACUACUCAGUCCACACAUCAUGCAUUUCUAGACUUCGCAUCUCAUUUCCAUGAAACCAGUGUGUCAUCAUGGCUGUGUUGCAAAGCAUUUGACCUCAUACACAUAACCGCAAUCAGCCUCAAACCAGUACAGACGCCUGCCGCUUGCAAUCAGCCUCAAACCAGUACAGACGCCUGCCGCUUGCAAUCAUUUAAAAGUGUUUAAAAAUACAGACGGCUGCUUCUCGCUUGCAGGUCUGGUCUUGCCCAUGUCUAUUAGUUUUCAUCUUAAAAACAUUUUUUCUUUGAGCGAUCUCUGUUCAAACAAGUGUUUAAGCUUGGUAUCAGAAAUAAGGCAUAUCACAACUCUGUUCACCAACACUAGGCAUACAUACAACUGGUUUAUUCUGCAGUUUGUUGCUCAGUGACAUCCUAAGUGAAGGUUGACGUGUAGGUCAUCGUUUCCAAAAGUCUCCAUUUUACCUCACCACAUCAGAGCUAGUGAGCGGAGCUGGGCGGUGCAAAUAUCCCGCUCCUCGCUCAAGUAGCUGUUCACUCGGCCGCUCCUCCGCUCAAAUUUGCGUCAGGUCGCUCCGCACAAUUUCGCUCCAGUGGAAUUGCUCCAAUUUAAAAGAGGUAGAAAUAAUCUACAAGCCGAAUUGUCACCAUAAACAGAAAACUUAAAUCCCAAAGAAUUAAGAGCAACGGCAAUAUAGGCCUAUUUCACUCAUAGAACAUUUAUUUUCAAAGAUUGGAAAGAGCGUC